AUGAAAGCGUUCUCAUCUCUUUUUUGUGUUACUGGUGGUUUUUUGUUUUUAUUUUCUUCCGGUUUUACCGAUUUGAGGCCUUCUACCUUUCGUGGUCUACCAUCUCUUUGGGUUUCUGAUGAGGAAAUCAGGGAUUUGGCUGUGCCUUUUCGUUUUUCAUUAGUAGGUUUAUUCCCGUCGAAGCGUCCCCCUCUUGACGCGAUUCGCAAUUUUUUCUUUAAUUUGAAGCUAAACAGAGAAGUUUCUGUUACCGUUUUGGAUUAUACACACAUUUUGAUUAAGUUGUCCAAUGAUUUAGACUAUUGUAGGGUUUUUGGCCACCGAUCCUACCUGGUUUUCAAUUGUUUUAUGAAACUAACGAAAUGGUCUCCUACUUUAGAUAUCGGAGUUGAGUCGCCGAUCAUCCCGAUUUGGAUUUCCUUUCCUCAUCUUCGUCCUCAUUUCUUUGUGCCAAGGAUUCUGUUUGGGCUUGGUGAGUUAUUUGGCAAACCUUUAAAAAUAGAUGAAGCUACCUCGGUUGGUUCACGUCCGUCCAAUGCCCGUGUUUUAGUUGAAAUUGAUAUUACCAAAACUUAUACGAAGCAAGUUUGGUUAGGAUCUGAGGCUCUAGGGUAUGUUCAGGAUGUGGUUUUUGAUGAAUUUCCUCAUUUUUGUAGUGUUUGUAAAUGUUUAGGGCAUGUGUCUGGUAAGUGCAAAUCUGAUACUAUGUUUGGUAAACCUGCUAUUGCGAAUGAUCCAGUUGAGAUUUUACCGGAUGUUGGUGUGUUAAAUGACGGUUUGGAUGUUUCCUCAGUGCUGGAAAAUGUGGCUAAUGUUAUUGUUAAUUCUGAGAUGGCUGGGGUGGAUUUGGUCACUGUGGAGCCUUUGGCUUCCCCUUUUUUUCUUUUGGGUUUGUUGAAUGUUUCUGAUCUUGCGGCUUUUAAUUUGGAACCUCCGGCGGCUGUUAGGGUGUUGGAUGACUCGGUACCUGUUGCGAGUUCUGAGGUUUCACCUAUUAUGGGUGUUGUGGUUGAUAAUGGCGGUUUGCAGGUGUCAAAGAAUUUGGAAAGUGGUACUGAUGGUGAGGUACCUGUUGUUUCUGUCGGGAUUGUGGACGAGUCUACGCAUAUGGUUUUUGAGGCUAUGGGCAAUGAUGUGGUCGGGGCUCGCGUCCCGGUCAUCUUUGUUGGUGGCAACCGUUGGUGA